UAGUCUUCUUGCAUCUCUCUCUCUCUCUCUCUCUCUCUCUCUCUCUCUCUCUCUCUUCGUCUGUUGUUCAAAAUGCGAUAUAUACUCCCGAGACCUUCUCCGGCUUAUCUCUCACUUUCAGAUAUGACGGUUGAGUACAGUACCUCCAUCGUUUUCGACUAUGUCUCAGAUGCUACGAGCUACCUACUCCUGUUUAGUGGUCUUCAAAGAGAAGCCUUCGCUGUAUGCUAGUUGUGUUAUAUUGCAGUUAUAUUCUAUAUAUCCAUGCUCCCAUUGAUGGCGAGGUGCUGAAAAAGAUCACUUCUAUCCUUGAAAUUUUACCAGUUAAAGACGGUGAAUCUGUUCUUGUUCUGUUAUGGGUGCCAAAGGAAAUUGGAGACGCAUGUGUGCUUACUACCGCAGCACAUAUGCCUUUUCGUCUUUUUGGGAUCAACAAAGAACUUCAGAAAUACUAUUUAGCCUGUUUAGACCACAAACUCUAUGUGUAUAGAGAUGCUAAGGAAGAAGCGGCAUUCGGUCUUGCAGGCAAGGCUUACCUACGCUGCACUCCUCAACAAACUCAAAACGUGCACGAAUACCCUGAAGAUCAGCGUCCUCCGUGUGAAGAUGCUAUUUUUACUAAGAAUUGGGGAUCCUUUGCUGUGCCUGUGAUUGACGCUAAUACACGUGUUGGUGUUCUUGAGUUUGUCAUGGAUACACCGCGGGAUUAUAGCAAUGAUAUUCUUGUAGUUCAAAGACUCCUUCAGGAUGCCGGUUUGCAAACUUCAAUCCAAAUGGAUCGCACAAAUAGAACUUAUCUACAUCCCAAAAAAAUGAUCCGUAAAUCAAAGUCGUUUGACAAAACUAGGUACAGUCGUCUUGUUCCAUUGUUUGGACUGAGUAGUGCCCGUGCUGCAGAAAUACUUAAAGUUAAACCAGGUACUUUUACAAAUCUUUGUAGGAGAGUCGGUAUUCCUGAGUGGCCAUGUAUACGAAAUAGAAUUACCAGAGCUUCUUCUAUCCCGGAAAUUAAAAUCAAUCAAACGAUGGCUGAGUUUAGGUCUCUUAUAACUCCGAAUGCUGAUUCAAAACCCAUCUCGGAUAUAGAAGUUCCUGAGUGGCCCCUGGAACAAAUUAUGACUAGUGAUUUUGAUGCUUGGUUAUCAGAACUUCCUGGUCUUGAUGUCAUGGCAGACCCCUUUGAUACGGGAUAUCUUGAUUCCUUUUAUGAUGAAGAAAUGAUCAAUAUUGAUCAUCCGAAUGCGGAUGUGAACUCUAUCAGGGACAAAGCAUUUCCUGAGUCGUCGCUGGAGCAAACUAUUACCAUUCAUGCUGAUGCUUUGUUUCCCAAACGUUUUGGUCCCGGUUUCAUGUCAGACCUUGGUGAAAUGGAACAUCACCAUGAUAACUAUGCACCUAGCAUGGAAUAUCUUGCAAGAUGAUAAAUGGAUCAAUGAUAAAAUUAAAUAAAGUGAUGCAACAAGAGCUAUAUAUAGUUUGAGAAUAAUGUCAACCCGCCUAUGUAAAAGCGGAAAGUGAGUGUUUGGAUGUGUUCUACUGCUAGGCUUUAGGUGUGGAACCAUAAUAAAUAAGUAGUUUUGUUUCAAACAUAACAAAUAUUCAUGUGACCUUUUCCGUUGUAAAGACAUUAUUAUUGUUUGUAUGCUAUUUGCUUUUGUUGUCUAGAGGUGAGCGUUCAACAAAAUUGAAUACGAAUUACCCCAUUUUGUAUA